AACAACAUAAAAAGAAGAAGCAAAAUACAAGUUGCGUACAUGGAAAUUGGGAGAAAGUCUUAUAGUGGAUAAAUAAAGCGCUUAAUAAAAUCCCAUUUUCUAUUCCUUUUUCCUGGAAAUUAUUAGAUAUCGACAAUUGAAGUCUGGUUUAGUCUCUCUCCCUUGUUCUGUGUGCUUGGUGGGUGAAAAGAUCAAAGGAAAAACAGAUAGUGGUGGUCUGAAGAAGAGUGAAUUUGGUGAACCCCCGGUUUUAGGUUGUGGGGGUGUUUUUGGUUUAGACAAUAAAUAUCUGAAAAUCCAGAAAUUCCUCGUUUUCCCCAAUACUCUCCAAACUUCUCACAUCUAUCAACAACAACAAUUGACCCCCCCUUGUCUGUUCUGUAAGUAUCAAACCUACUCACAUCUAUUCUUCUUCUUUGCUUUGAUUCAGAGGGUUUUCUUUUCAGAUUUGAUACUUUUAAGGUUUUGCUUGAUUUAAGGGUUGACAUAGUUUUCUUCUUAUAAUUGGGACUCCAUAAUUGUGGAACUGAAGUUUGGCUUUUUGUUAGUUAAUGUGUAAAGGAGUGGUUCUUUCUUGGUUCCUGGAAAAAGUUUUUGAGUAAAUUUAGCCUUUUUCUGAUGGAAGACAAGAGAGGGACUAAAAACUGAGCUCAUUAGAGAAAAGGGGCAAGUGGAUCUUGUGGAAGGAGUGUGUUUUGAUCUGCAAGAGAUUGGAGCAGUGCCCACAUGUUUUUCGAGAGAAUACGGGUAUUGUUCUUAUCUCACACUCACAGCUAUGAUCAAACAGAUACUUGGUAGGCUACCCCGUAAACAUUUCAAGUCUACUGGACAUCAUGAAUCAGGGGGAACAUCUGCUCCUGCUACUUCUACCACCAGUAACAAGUCUGGGAAUUUAAGCAAUGUCUCUCCUCCUAGUACCAUGGGAUUAAAUGAUGUCAACAGGUAUCCUGAAGUAGAAAAUUUAAAUUUGAAUGGGAGCUCUUCUGCUUCACGCUAUGAAGCUUUGCCUGGUUUUAGAGACGUGCCUAGUGCUGAGAAGCAGAACCUCUUUGUGAAGAAGUUGAAUUUGUGUUGUGUUGUGUUUGAUUUCACGGAUCCCACAAAAAAUGUGAAAGAAAAAGAGAUUAAGCGGCAGACGUUAUUGGAGCUUGUGGAUUAUGUUACUUCAGCAAAUGGGAAGUUUACUGAAGUUGUCAUGCAAGAGCUUACAAAGAUGUUAUCUGUGAAUUUGUUUAGAACAGAUACUUGUCAACCCCGAGAAAGUAAGGUCUUGGAAGCAUUUGAUGUGGAAGAUGAUGAGCCCAUGAUGGAUCCAGCUUGGACUCACUUGCAGAUUGUGUAUGAGUUACUACUGAGGUUUGUGGCAUCCCCCGAGACAGACGCAAAAUUGGCUAAGAGAUAUAUCGAUCACUCUUUUGUUCUUAGAUUGCUAGAUCUUUUUGACUCUGAAGACCCAAGAGAGAGGGAGUAUUUGAAAACGAUUCUUCACCGCGUCUAUGGAAAGUUUAUGGUACACAGGCCUUACAUAAGAAAAGCUAUCAAUAACAUCUUUUACCGUUUUAUUUUUGAGACGGAGAAACAUAGUGGGAUUGCCGAGCUUUUAGAGAUCUUAGGCAGUAUAAUCAAUGGGUUUGCCUUGCCACUGAAAGAAGAACAUAAACUAUUUCUUGUUCGGGCUCUCAUUCCUCUCCACAAACCUAAAUGCAUAGCAAUGUAUCACCAACAACUGUCAUACUGCAUUACACAAUUUCUAGAGAAAGACUGCAAGCUUGCAGAUACUGUGAUACGGGGUCUGGUGAAGUAUUGGCCUAUCACAAAUAGCUCUAAAGAGGUCUUGUUCUUAGGGGAGCUGGAGGAAGUUUUAGAGGCAACUCAGCUCCCAGAGUUUCAAAGGUGCAUGGUUCCCUUGUUUAGUCAGCUUGCUCGUAGCAUGAGCAGGUCACACUUUCAGGUGGCUGAAAGGACGUUAUUUUUGUGGAACAAUGAUCAUAUCGAGACCUUAAUCAAGCAAAAUCGUGGAGUUAUAUUACCAAUUAUCUUCCCUGCCUUGGAGAGAAAUGCUAGAAACCACUGGAACCAGUCUGUUCAAAAUUUAACUCUCAAUGUCCGCAAGCUCUUCUCCGACCUUGAUCCUGAGCUGUUUGAGGAGUGCCUGAUCAAGUUUCAGGAAGAAGAAGCAGGAGAAAACGAGAUUAAAGCAAGGCGUGAAGCCAUAUGGAAGCGUCUGGACGAAAUUGCUGCUUCGAAAGCCACAAGUUAUGAACCUGUGCUAGUUCAUCGCAGCAUGAUUUCUCGUACGUCUUCCAGCUAGGACAGAUAGGCUAAGUUGCAACAGCUUUCAUCAGGUCAGCAUCACUGUUGGCUAGAACGUCUUCAAAACCAUCAAUAGCGACGACAGGUAAGUUCUUCUGCACAUACAAUCUUGGUUCUCAGGUAUCAUUCCAAGGUAGAAGAGUACUCAGUUCAUAAUUUUUAAACCAAGAGCUUUCUUUAGGCAUGAAUAGAAUUAGCAUUUUAAUCUCUCACCACUUCGAAGUCGCAGUCAUUGUCACUCGCAGUGUAAGGGUAAUCUGCUUCGCUGCUGAUUCCUCCAUUUUCAAUAAUGAAUUGGAAAGCAUAGUUCAUUAGCCCUCCACCACAACCUGCAUCUACCUUCUUGUCACAGUCAACGAGUUCUUGCUCUGACAACGAAAUCAGUUUUCCAGAUCUGAUCUUGUUUAUUCCUUCUACCGAUGCAACUGUUGAGAAAGCCCAGCAACUACCUACAGUUUGCAAAUACGCACUAAGUUUAAUCUUUACAUACAAAAGCUUAAAUUCUCACCUUAGUUUUUCCUUGAGGGUCUGUUGAAUGUGUAAGCAUACUAACCAACUGCGGUAUCUCUCCAUUUUGUACUUACCGCAUGGUCCUUGAUCUUUGACACCAGUUACAGCUCCCAUCUCUCUCCAGUCUACUGAAGUUGGCAGCGGCAUACUUUUGUUUCUCUGCACUACUCUUUGUUUUCUCUCCGUUCUUUUCUUUUCACCAAUUAACUUAUGGUGUAAUCCAGUGUAUGCCGCUCGAAACUCUUCAGUACUCAAGUCAGCAAAUUUGUUGA